CGGAAACGCGACUGCCAUCGCUUUUCCCAUCUAUCUGGUUACAUCUUCGUAUGCUAAAGUCGUUCCUCGACGACUUACUUUAGAGCUCUAUGGAAGAAGUGGGAGAGCAAGAACAGACCCCAUUUUUGGACCCGUCCCCUGGCCGCCCUCCUCUCUCUAGAGCCGUUUCGAACACCCUCAAUCCGGGCGGGCGAUCAGAGUUCUUACUACAGGCGAAGAAGAACACCAUACUUAAGUCUCAUGGAAGACCACCAUGGUACGAUGAGGACGGACAUGCUGUCCAUGACGCCUUCGUGAUAGGCGUGGCUGGCGGAUCCGCUAGUGGGAAGACCUACGUCGCUCGUCGGAUCGUGCAGGCACUAGGUUCAAUCCCGACCGUUGUGAUAUUAUCUCAGGAUAGUUUUUACAAGAAACAUGGACCGGAAGACUUGGAGCUUGCCUUUCAGAAUCGCUACGACUUCGAUCACCCAGAUGCUAUCGACAUGCCGCUUUUUGCCUCGUGCCUCGCUGACCUCAAGGCCGGACGGCAAUCUAAUAUUCCGAUCUACUCGUUCAAAGAGCACCAACGCUUGGAUGAGACCAAAUAUCUGUAUGGUGCUGCAAUCAUCAUCGUUGAAGGUAUUCUUGCACUACACGACCCUACACUGCGAGACCUCUACGAUUUGAAGAUCUUUGUACAAUGCGAUUCUGAUCUGAUGCUCGCACGGCGUAUACGGCGAGACAUCAAUGAGCGUGGUCGGAGUGUAGAGGGUGUUCUGGAGCAAUACUUGCGUUAUGUGAAGCCAGCAUACGACAACUUUGUGCAGCCUACAUCUCGCUAUGCAAACAUCAUUGUGCCGGGAUCAGACAACACUGUCGCUAUAGAGCUCAUCGCUACGCAUGUCCGCAGGAAGAUAGAAGAUCGUUCACGAUAUCUACGAAAAGAUCUUGCGCGAAUAGGGCCCUUGGAUCUGACCCUUGGCAACCCAGUGGAUCAAAGCUUCCCAAACUUGACGGUGCUACGCCAGACUCCCCAGUUGCGGGGAAUCUUCACCAUGCUCCGCAAUAGCAGAACUCGCCGGGAAGACUUCAUAUUUUUCACCGAUAGGUUGUCAACUUUCCUCAGCGAGAAGGCUAUGGAGUUCCUCCCGUACAAGUCGAAGAACAUCACAACGCCCGUAGAAGCCACAUACACCGGCAAGGAACUUGCGGUCGAACAUAUCUGUGGAGUAUCCAUUCUGCGCUCCGGCGGGCCUCUCGAGCGCGGUCUCCGACGCGUGAUCCAAGACAUCCGCAUCGGCUCGCUCCUCAUUCAGUCCGAAGACAAUACUGGGGAGCCCCUACUGCUCCAUCUCAUGCUCCCCAACUGCAUCCGCCAGCGGCAUCUCGCGAAGAACUCGUUCGUGUUCCUCCUCGAUGCACAGGUCGGCACCGGGGCCGCGGCGUUCAUGGCGAUCCGCGUGCUCCUCGACCAUGGCGUGCCGCAGGAGAAUAUCAUCUUCGUCACGUUCAUCGUCGCCGCGUGUGGCGGCGUGCGGGUCCUGCAGCGCGCGUUCCCGAAGGUCCGCAUCGUGUGUGGGGCGGUCGACCCCAUGCUGAGGGAGACGUGGGCGCUGUGGGACACCACGCCGCAAUCGCCGAGCCAGGAUGGGGAUUCGGGAGGUUUGGGGACCCCGACAGCGAAGACGAAGGCAGAGGCCGAGGCCGAGGGGAGGAAGAUCUGGGUUGUCGAGCCUGGUAUUGGUCACAUUGGCGAUCGGUACUACCUGUAGCAUCGUGAUAUUGUCUUAGUUUACUGCGUUAUUUGUCACUCGC